CGCAACGUGACGUCAGAGUCCUGCGACGCACAUGUGAGCGCAGUGAGGCGCAGAGAUGGCUGCCGACAGACUCCAGUUCCAUGAAAUGGGUUUAGACGACCGUCUCCUGAAGGCGGUUGCAGAUCUGGGUUGGUCCCAGCCGACCCUGAUCCAGGAGAAGGCGAUCCCUCUGGCCCUGGAGGGGAAAGACCUGCUGGCUCGAGCUCGGACCGGAUCAGGGAAGACCGCCGCCUACGCUGUCCCCGUCAUCCAGCGCAUCCUCGCCUCCAAACAGAGCGUUCGUGAGCAGGAUGUGAGAGCUCUGAUCCUGGUCCCGACCAAAGAACUGGGUCAGCAGGUCCAGAACAUGAUCAGACAGUUAACGGCGUUCUGCUCCAGAGACGUCCGAGUGGCCGACAUCACCGGGAAGGCCGACCUGUCUGCACAGAGGCCCAUCCUGAUGGAGAAGCCUGACGUGGUCGUGGGGACGCCGUCCCGUGUGCUGGCCCACCUCACCGCUCAGAACCUGGUCCUGAAUUCGUCUCUGGAGACCCUGGUGGUGGACGAGGCCGACCUGCUCUUCUCUUUUGGCUUCGAGGCCGACCUGAAGAGUCUGUUGUGUCAUCUACCGAAGAUCUACCAGUCGUUCCUGAUGUCGGCUACGUUCACCGAGGACGUCCAGGCCUUAAAGGAGCUGCUGCUGCACAACCCGGUGAUCCUGAAGCUCCAGGGCUCUCAGCUGCCCGACAGCAGCCAGCUGCAGCAGUACAGCAUCAAGUGUGAGGAGGAGGACAAGUUCCUGCUGGUCUACACGCUGCUGAAGCUGCGUCUGGUUCAGGGGAAGACGCUGGUGUUUGUGGGCGCCGUGGACCGGAGCUACAGACUCAAACUGUUCCUGGAGCAGUUUGGGAUCCCCGCCUGCGUGCUCAACUCUGAGCUGCCCGUCCAGUCCAGGUGUCACAUCAUCACUCAGUUCAACCAGGGUUUCUAUGACUACAUCAUCGCCACAGAUGAAGAGAGUCUGGCUGAUCCCACAGCUGCUGCUCAGGCAGCGGCCGGCAAAGGGAAGAAGAAGAAGAAGAACUCUGAGAGAGGAGGAGGAAAGAAGGACAAAGAGUACGGAGUCGCCAGAGGUGUCGACUUCCAAAACAUUGCCAAUGUCAUCAACUUUGAUUUCCCCACAACUGUUGAGUCGUACAUCCACCGAGUCGGAAGAACGGCGAGAGCAGACAACCCCGGCACCGCUCUGUCCUUCACCUCUCACACUGAGCUGGAGCUGCUGUUAGAGGUGGAGGAGGCGCUCACAGGAGAUAACGCUGACUCUGGUCUGAAACCUUACGAGUUCAAGAUGGAGGAGAUCGAAGGCUUCAGGUACAGAUGUAGGGACGCCAUGCGUUCAGUGACGAAGCAGGCGGUGAGAGAGGCCAGACUGAAGGAGAUCAAACAGGAGCUGCUCAACUCCGAGAAACUCAAGACGUAUUUCGAGGACAACCCCAGAGACCUGCAGCUGCUCCGACACGACAAAGACCUCCAUCCAGCCGUCAUCAAGCCUCACCUGAGGAACGUCCCCGAGUACCUCAUUCCUGAGACGCUGAAGGGCGCCGUGAAUCCGCUGUCGAGCCGGAGGAAGAAGAAGAAGCUCAAACCAAAACCAGACGGAGUCGUCAAGACCAGUUUCAAGAAGAACAUCCAGGGGAAGAACCCUCUGAAGAGUUUCCGAUACAGCGGAACGAGGAACCGGAAAGGAAAAGCCGGCCAGUCAUAACUGCAUCUGCAGAACUCAUGAAUGUGGAUCAGUCCUGGAUCUUUAUACUGAGAGGACGGUUCUGUCUCCACAGGACAAAAUAUAAACUGAACGGACUCUGGAUGAAAAGGUCUGUUAAAGAUGUAUGGACAACGGACGGAAUGGACUUUAUGUGAACUUUGGAACAAGAGGAAAAUGCAAGAAACGUCAGUGUGAAGUUACAACAUGUUAAAACGUAUGUGGAGGAAUACAGUAUCUGUAUUAUGUUAUUUCUAAUGCAUCUGUUGUGGAAACCUUGAAAAUGUUUGUUAAAAUAAAACUACUUCUUCCCAAACGUUGA